UUCGAGACUUUUUUUUCUCUUUUUUUAUUUUCUCUCAGUGAGAUGAGCAGGGAGUGAGGAAUGGAGGCGUAGGGAGCGCGGAUGUUUGUGUUUACUCAGCGACCAAAGCUAAAGCACAUGAACACACAGGCCUCCUUGUAGCUAAAGCGAACAAAAGGAGGAAAAUUAAUGGAGGCAAGUUAGCUAGCGCCCCUUGUCUUCUUGCGCUAAAGAGCUAACGCUAGCCAUGUUUGUGUGUGUGUGUGUAAAACCGCCGACGUCUCAUUUUAGCCACUGUCAGCUGCUAAAGCUGGAGUGUAAACACAUCCUGCGAGAACGGGCUCUUCUGCGUGUGUUCUGACAUUUGCAUUUACGCGACUUCUUUAAUUAGCGGCUAACGUUAGCACGAGGCUAACAGUGGCAAUAGUUUAGGGCCAGAUUGUGCCUAAAGAUAGGACAAAAAUACGAUAUUAUCGCACAUCGCGAUAAUAUCGUAUCUUUUACAUAGGUAGUCACAGAGCAGUUGUUGCUCAUUAAAAAGAAUUGUAUACACAUAAAGUAAAAAAGAAGCAGCAGAUAUACUGUAAGAAAAGUUACUACACCUGUGGGGAAUGGAAAUGAUAACUUAUUGACAAUGCUGCAACUGCAACCUACCAUUAUUUUCAUUAUUGAUUAAUGUGUCAAUUAUUUUCCAAAUUAAUAAAAUAAUUGUAAACUGUAAUAAACAUAAACUGUUUGACUAACCUUAAAAUUAUAUCUCGAAAUAAAAAAAUUCAGUUUAAAUGUUUUCUUUGUUAAUAUUCAGCAAAGAAACCAGAAAAUAUUCACAUUUAAGAAGCUGAAAAAUGUGAAAAGUUGUUUUAACAAUUCAAGAACAUUCCAUCCUAUUAAGUGAUUAUAGAAAUGUGUUGACAAUUCGUUAGUAGUUGAUUCAUUGAUUAAUUGUUAACCAACCUGGUUAUUAUGUGUGUUAUUGAUUUGUGCAUUAAAACACUGGAUGGAAAUAGACAUUUUGAAAAGGAAAAUUUAUUUUAGGAUAUUGCUCAAAAAGUCUUUACUCUUGAGUUGGAAGUAGAUAAGUGUGUUGUUAAAAAGGUAAAUGGAAAUAUAGUACAUCAGCCUGUUUUUGUGUACAUGUUUGAUUUGUGCAUUUAUAAAGCCCCAAAUGUAAACAUAGAAAAUAAGUAAAAAAUAUAGGCACUGGCAAAUCAAUAAAAGGUAAAAGCAAAUAAGACUCAUCAUUGAAAAAUGCAGAUGACAGGAGAAAUGUGUGGACUGAUAAGGAAACCACAACAAUCCUCAACUAAGUGCAAGAGGCGAAUACGACCACAAUAGUAGACAGAAGCAGUGACAAAACACUUUUCAAUCAUGCCCAGCAUGUCACAUGAUCAGGUAGUGCCUUCUUAUCCUUCUGUGGUGACACGACUUCAAAUUGUGCAGUGCCUACUGUUUGUCUUGGUAAAUAAACUCCCUAAUAAUUGCAUAAUAUCAGCGGACAGAAACAGACAUCAGCGCAUAUUUUCUUUUUCCAUAUUUUUUAAAUGUUUUAAAGUUUGAGAUGCACUUGAAUCCAAACCAGCCUAAUGUGUUGAUUGUGGUGUAUUUCCAUUGAUGGUGAAUAGUGAGAAUGGUUAAAAUUCCUCAUGAAAGAAGGGGAGCCUGCAACUUUUCACCAAUUUGGGGGGGAAAAUACUUGUAUUUUUCAUUCUAAGACACCCACUUAAAUAUGUAUCUUUACUAACAUGUAUUUGAAACAUCAUAGCCUUUAUUUUGUCACAUAUUUUAAUGGCUCUCAGAGCAUUGAAGCUUUCAACUUUACCCUCUGAAUGGCCCCCGUAAUAACCUUUCUGGUGCUAAGUUGUCAGCUCGCUAUUAUUUAAUCUGCCAUUUGAGCUUGCCCCAUCAUUUAUUAACAGGUUUGCAGGAGAAUAGCCUCAUGAAAAAUAACUUUGAACAUGCAUUGAGCAAUGCACGUUCUAAGUCAGUCUUGAAUGAGAUGUGACACUCCCCGACUUUUUUUUUUUCAUGUACUUUCCCAAAAUGGUUCAACAGUCGCAGUUGCAUUGAAUGUCAGCUAAUCUGUACUAACAUGUAAUCACAUGCAUGCUUCCCUUGGUUUGUGUGCAAUAUGGCUAUGCAUGGCAUAUACAUAUUCAGUCUCCACACAUGCUUAAUGGAAAGCCAAAUGCAUGUUACUAUGGAAUUACAACACUUCCUUGUUUGUGCUGCAGAGACCACUUUGCCUUAAUGUCAGUGGGAGAUGAUGAUGAUGAUGAGAAAAGAUCACAUGUUCAGUGAUGAAAAUGUACAAAAGUAGUCUUUUAAACUGAGGGUGUUGUUUUUCACAAACCAUAUUAUGCACCAGGGCUGCACGGUAUUGGUAAAACGUGCACAGUUGAAUGUUGCGAGGACUGUAUGACAAAUACUUUAUAGUAUAGUUUAGUAUAGUAUUCCGUGUUAAUAUAGUUAUUCUGCUUUGGGUUUGCUGUCAACAAAUAAAACCUAAAUGCAUUGUUUUCCUUCCAACACCGUGGACCAUUGGAAAUAUCUCUUACUACCUGCCUGGAUUGUUGGAUUAAACAAAUAGAAUUCUGAAAGCAUAUAGAUUUUUAAACAGAUGUAAACCUAAUUAUUCAAAUCCACACUGCAGUGUCUCACAUUGCAAUCGUUAAACUCAGCCUAUCCCAAAUAAAAGAAGGUUGUGCGGCCCAUUUUAUAUUAUUCAUACCAUAAAAUGUUUCCAUUUUACUGACUUGUAUAUAAAAAGGUAAAUAAUUGUAAAAAAUAUGUUUAAGUUUAUUCCUUUAAGCAUAGGGAUAUGAGGAAGUUGCAGUGUAAACAAAGAACAUUUUAGUGUAAAGGGCAACAUAUUGUGAUAAAAUGUUAAAAACAAAACAAUUAUUUAACUUUAUUUUAAGUAAAAACAUGGAGAAAUACCUUUUAUCGCCAUUCAAGAAGACUUCAGUACUCUGUAUAAUGCAUAUGAUGAGUUUUCCAUAUUGUUCAGCCUUAUUACACACUCUUUAUUUUUCUACACGUGCUGUUUGAGAAAACGUAGCUGCGUCAUCUUUCCAGGCAGUAAACCAGUUAACAAACAUUGUGUUGGUAAGUCAAAAUUAGACUUGAUUGUGAAUUUCGUUAAGAGCAACACAUACCGUGUAAGAGGUGUGAGGAAGUACAUGGGCUGUUAGAGAGCGUUAGAAAAAAAGCCUAAAAGACCUGAUUACGAUCAGUGUUUUCUCAACUCUUGCCUCUUCUGUCAUGUAGUUUUUUUUUAUAUCCAUCCCUUCUGGAAUUCAACAUCUUUACCUGAUUUCUUUCUGCAUCCUCUCCUCUGUAAAUCUUAGCAAAAUACGCAUGGAAAACCAUCCCGCCAGGACGAAAUCUUGGAAGCAUUUGCUUAUUUACAAGAGCCACCACAAGCUGACAAGGCUCUGAGUUCCAAACCGAUUCUUAAACCUGUGACACGUUGAGUGUCUCAGCCUGUGGAAGGGAGCGUAUGUGGAAAGGAAACAGAAAAAUAUGGACGAUUCCCAUUUCAACUCAUCAUACUUUUGGUCUCCCGUCCCCACUGUACAAGGACAGAUUGAGAACGCCAUGUUCCUGAACAAGGCAAAGGAGCAGCUAGGCCCGGAGAAGGGCAACGGGCCCUCUUUCCCUCAUCCAUCUGCGUCUUCCACCUCCUCCCCACACUACCCCACAGCUGUGCUGGCCAUUCCGGGCUCAAUGGAUGCAGGGGCUGGGAUGCGAGUGGUGCCCAAACAGGAAGCAGGAGGUGGCAGCAGCGGGCACAUGCAUCAGACGCACACCUCUCAGAACGUCACCGUUGUACCUGUUCCGUCCACAGGCAUCAUGACUGCAGCGGGGUUAGUGAUCACCACCCCUCAAGGCACACUGGUCCCCACGGCCUCCACCCAGUCCUUUGUAGCAGGACAUCCUACUGCCACCACCAUGAUAGUGUCUGCACUUCACCCCUCAAACACCGAUAAGAAGCAGGACCUUGCCCUCCCUCCUGCUGUGGUCAUGCCGACGCCAUCAAAGCGAGGCAGGAAGAGCAAGCAGUUGAUGGGCAGACUGUCUGGAGUAGGCGGAGUCCUCCCUCCAGGAAGUGAUGCAUUGAUAUUAGCACAUCUAGCUGCUGGUGGACAGCAUCACUCUGCCGACCCAUAUGACCUGUCAAACGAUGAGGAUGAUCAUCCGAGCAAGGACGGCCCCAAAUCCUACAGGUGCCGGAUGUGUGCCGUGACGUUCUUCAGCAAGUCAGACAUGCAGAUCCACGCCAAGUCCCACACUGAGGCCAAGCCCCACAAGUGUCCCCACUGCUCCAAGUCGUUUGCCAACUCCAGCUAUCUGUCCCAGCACAUCCGCAUCCACAGCGGAGCCAAACCCUACACCUGCACCUACUGCCAGAAAACAUUCAGGCAGCUCAGUCACCUACAGCAGCACACACGAAACCACACUGAGGCCAAGCCCCACAAGUGUCCCCACUGCUCCAAGUCGUUUGCCAACUCCAGCUACCUGUCCCAGCACAUCCGCAUCCACACUGGGGCCAAGCCCUACUCCUGCUCCUACUGCCAGAAAACAUUCAGGCAGCUCAGUCACCUACAGCAGCACACACGGAUUCACACGGGUGACCGACCGUACAAGUGUAACCACCCUGGCUGUGACAAAUCUUUCACUCAGUUGUCCAACCUACAGUCUCACCGUCGGCAGCACAACAAAGACAAGCCCUUCAAGUGCCACAACUGUAACCGCGGUUACACAGACGCUGCCAGCCUGGAGGUGCACCUGUCCACGCACACUGUCAAACAUGCCAAGCUGUUCUCCUGUGGCCUCUGCAAUCGAUCCUACACCUCGGAAACGUAUCUAAUGAAACACAUGAGGAAGCACAACCCUGACCCACUAACCGUGGCAGCGACAGUAGCUGCUCAGCAGGCUCAGGGCCUCACACCAGGCAGGGGUCGCGGGCGUGGCCGGGGGAGAGGAGGCCGAGCGAAUCAGCUCCAAAACCAGAACAACCCAAAUAACACCAACCAGAACCCUAACCCGGGACCCCCUGGCAGCUACCAGUCAUCCCAGCAACCCACAGAAGCUGUGGUCCCAUGUCCUUUUGACCUGCAUCAGUACAAGACAGUGUCGGCCAGUGAGAUCCAGUACAAACCGGUCUCGGUGGCAGACCUACCCGUGGUCCACAAAGACCUUUGCCUCACCGUCUCCACAUCGGCCAUACAGGUGGAGCACAUGAACUCGUAGGCUGCAUCUUCACACUCUGUUUGAGGAUUGACUUAUUAUUAUAUCUGCAGUGUGAAAAAAAAAGAAAGAAAAAUCCAUUCAAACAAGUAGUUUAAUGAAUUCAAUGUUGUUGCCUUUUUAAAUCAAGAGAAAAUGGCAGAAAUGGUGGAAGUUUUUAUAAAAUAAGAACUAAACUGACUCUGAAAACAGAACAAGGCACCAGUAUAAUCAAUUUAGUUUCACUUCCUUGUGACUUGGAGUGGCAUUGGCUCUGUUUAAAAUAUUGAGUGAGAUUUAAUUCACUCUAUGCCAUUUUUUUCCCCUUAGGCUUCAACAUUGAAUCCAACGUAAAACAAAGUACUUGUUUUAAACGCAGAUAUUUUACUACUUAAUUCAUGGUUCCUGAGCUCACUGUGUUCAACGCUGGUAUAAAAAGUUACAACUUAAUCUAAGAUUAAUUUAGUCAAGAAAUUUAAUCCAUACUUUGUACAAAAGAAACCCUCAAACCAGCACUUUAUCUCUGAUUGUCUUCAUCUGCUCUUUUUUUUUUUUUAUUGCAUUGUUUGCAUUUAAAACCCCAGUAGGUUGUAACCCACAAUCCCAUGAUGAUGCAACACUCAGAACCAAAACAACAGCCAUUUUUAGCAAGAAAACCAGCAACUUGUCUCUUCGAUGUUGCCUGUUUUCAUAUAAAGUGAAGAUGGUAGGGACAAGCAAAUGGGAAAAAACAUUUUCCCAGAUCCCCAAUGAUCCUGAGAUCUUGGAUCGCUGGAAAGGAACAUAGAAGAAGUAGGGAUGGGAAACCACAGGCAGUGAUCAUUUCCUAUCAGGUGUAGAAUGCAACGCUAACCAUCUUUAUUAUCUUGUUCAUAUUACAUUUUUUAUUGCUAUAUAUAAGCAUUUUCCGGAGUAAAAUGACUUGGAGUUCAUGAGAAAGUUGGAAGAUGUUUCCAUGGCUCUGGAUGUGAGAUGCUGAGUAAACAAACUCAUGUGAGUCAUGUGACGGCAUCAUCUGAGGAUUAAGGUGUAAAAUAUCUGUGAAGUUAAAAAAAAAGAAAGAAAAAAGAGCAUUAUUCUCUGCACAUUUAUGGUCCAAAGAAUGAUGUCAUUUUAAAAAACAAACACAUAUUCAGAUCACAUUAAUCUGAACAUUUGCCAGUAUUUAGUUCAAGCCAAAACAUGGAAGUGAUAGAAGACCAAGGUUUCAAUCAUGGAGAAAACUAUAGACAUUCACUCAUCACUGAGAUCAACUGAAACAGUGUGAGGAACGAGGAUGAACCGAGUUUGAGUUUGAAUGACACUGACGCAGUGGUUCGAGGAGCAGGGUGAAGAAAAGGGACGUGGAAUCAGGCUGGAUUUCUGUCUUUAUUUUCACAAUUUGAACCUUAGACGUCAACGAGCAAGAGGAACCCGUUUCUCUUGUCAGAGCCCAAAGUAUUGAACAGGUCACGACUGCGCUAAAAGCGAGGAAUCCUGCAGCAGGGCGAGAUGUAAAGACGAGAGACGGAUGGGUUCGGUGGAGAGGGAGGGGUCAAAAAGAAAGCACUUGAUGAAGCUUAUACUUCAUGCCUUUUUGUUUGUCAUCAUUGUACUUUUUUUUUAAAAAAUAUAUCAUGUAUGUAUUUUUCUACCAAUACAGGAACAUGUGAACUGAGGAGAGAAAGUCGAGAGAUGUGCGUGAAUGUGAUGGAAAUGGGAAAAGAACGGUUGUUGUUUUUUCUGUUGUUUUUUACUUACUGUUCUCCAGGGAGUAAAAUCAGCCCAACGUUGUCGUCGGAGUGUUUGCUGGAGGAAAUAAUGAUUGUGUGAUUAAAAAAAAUGGCUGACAGGUACUGUUAUCAAUCUUUUUUUUUUCUUUUUUUUUUUUAAAGAGACUUUUUUUCAUACAUAUAAUUACUUUUUUCAUUAUGACUGUACUGCAAAUAUUAUCCACAUUAUUAUCGAAACUGAGGCAUUAUUGUAUUUCAGUAUGCUGUACAUAAAAUAGAUAGAAAAUACUCUUCUUUUUUUCAUCUCUAAAAGGGAACUAUGUCCUGUGUAAACCAUAUACGGGAAACUAAAGGAACUCCAAUUAUUAAGAACCAAAUCUUCAGCUGUGUCCUGGGUCAAUUUUACGUGUUGAUGACAUUACAGACAUGUACAAGAAGGAAAAGUGACUAAUUCACUCACCUAAAAAUAUAUGUUUCUCUUUCUGGAACACUUGCAGCCACAAUCUUCUGUUGAACUCAGCGAUAUUCACCGUAGUAGUUUAAAAAUAUUUACUUAAAAAGCCUGUUUAUUUGAUUACUGGAUCAAAAACUGUGGUCUGCAAUCCAAACAAAUAAAAAUGUAAACAUUGCUCUUCCACAGUUCCUCCAUUACCACUUAAACAAAUCAUUCAAAAAUUAUUAAAUACAUGUAAGCACACUGCUGUGACAUCACUGACCUGGGACACGGCUGCAGAGUGACACUCGACCCAAUCACAAGGUUGAAGCAGAUUCUUACACUGGGCUGAUGUCUUCAUAUAUAUAUUUACUCCUCCUUCUUGUGUUUCAUUGUGUCUUUUUAUGUAAAAAAAAAAAAAGAGAAAAGAAAUAAUAAUAACAAUAACCCACUGUUCAUGGUUAUUUCCAAGGCUCCUGAUGAUAAUAAUACAUUAACUGCCCUCUUGCGCUACACUCUUGUGUACUGUGCGCACAGUUACACCUCCUGCUCAUCUGAACAGACUGUUUCUUCCCUUAAGAAGAAUAAAAUUCAACAACAGUUUAUGAUGAAAACA